AUGUCUCAGAAAGAGUUUGCUUCGGUUGUUGUGGAUUGUGAAAUUCUGACUAAAAAAGAGAUUGGUUUGAUGAUGAAACACUACAGUGGUGUCAGUUUAGAGUCUUCUUUACCAUUCAUGCAUUCCCCAAGACAGUCUAGACUUCGAGUUUACAGAUUUACAAAACUAAGCCCGCCAGAUAUGCCUAAUGGUUCAUGGCACUACACUCGUGGUAAAGCUGAUGCGCUCAAUCUAACCGUCAGUAAACCUGUCAAGUUACAUGGAGUGCAGCAUUUUGGCAGUGAAGAUAAUGAAUACACAGUUUCAUUAGAAGUGAAAGAUGUGGCAAAGGGUCUUUCUCUGGUAAAACUGAAGGACACAUAUUCCUCCGAGAAAGAUGAGACAAAUGGUUACCAUGGAUUUGAUGUCAUGUUUGAUCACCCUGUUUGCCUUGAGCAAGGUAAAACGUAUGAGAUUGUAUCACGUAUCAAAGGCCCGUCAUCGUGGCGUGUGAUACAAGGUAAAAACUCAGACGAAAUUGAAGGAAUCCAGUUUUCAUUUAGCAGUCCAGCUUCUUCUGGGAAUGGAACUGAUGUUAGAAUUGGCCAGUUUCCUUCAUUUAUCUUCAGCAGUAUGUCGUUUAAUUCUUAACUGACGAUAAUGAUGAUUGUGGUACGCCGCGGAUUUUUUUAUUGAAGGAAUAACUAGUCAAAAAUAUACUAAACAAUUUUCUUAUGGCACUCCUAGGCCACCAUACUAGUCUGCAAGACACAGCCGUUUUUAGUGUCGUCACGCAACGCUCCUCCCCACUAACACUUAAACAGCACUCCCCACUAAGUGGGGAGGAGCAUUGCGUGACGACACUAAAAAACGGCUGUGUAGCAGACUAGGGAAUAACCUGAUCAAACAAGCAGUGCUGUCAACUCUCCUGGAUAAUCCGGGAGACUCGAGAUUUUGGACCGUAUCUCCCGGUCACCAGAUUAGCGUCUGAUAUCUCCCGGAUAGUCGCUAAAGGUGCUAUUUCUUGUAGACUCGACUUUCCGACCAUAAAAUUUGAAAUAUUUUUCGUUGUUUGAGUUACUGUUAACAUGGAACGUUUCCUCAUAGAUUAUGGGAUGCCAUAAUUUAAGCAAUAACGUGGCUAAAUAUGAACUGUUUAUGUGCUAUAUACGCCGAUUGCAAUCAACAAGCAUUUUUGGCACAAAUGACGUCAUUUGUCGUGCGAUGUGACGUCAUCUAUCAUUCCUUCCCUAUCAAUUCUCAAUAUUUGAUGACGUGGGGGAAUGAACAAGCCAGAGUCUUUUUAGAAGUAACGAAUCAUAUUCCCUACUACCUGUUGUUAGGGUUAGGAGGCUGAAUGCUGUCGACACACUGGUAGCUGAACUGGAAUGAUUUGCCAAGCAAAACAAAUAUAGAGCUACUUCGCAUGUUAGUUCUUAGUAAGACUUCGGACUCCUUUCACGUUUUAUUUAUUUGAGUUAAAUUAGUGAAGAAUGAAAUAGUCAUACACCGAAAAAUUAAAUAGAGAAAUUUAUUAGUGGCACUUACUCAAUUCCUCAUUUUUAACUCCUUGGUUUUACAAAGAUAAGCAGUUUUUUUUUUAUCCAGUAAGCUAAGUAAUAGUGAAAAGAGAUUUUUAAAAGCGAUUUUGAAUUUUAUUGACUAAAUGAGAUAAAAUGCGGCAACCGAUUUAAAUCAUUCUCAUCUGCACCUGUUGGCAGUUUGUAGUAACUGAUAUGAGUUAUUAGGUAUUGAGAGAGAGACUUUAUGGAAGGAGCCAGGUUUAUCAUUGGCCGGACGGCGUACCGUGAAUAAUCAUGCUGACAAUGUAACGUUGAAAUAGUAUUUACGGCACUGACUUGGUCAUGUAUUUGUUAUCAAUUAAGGUUUUUCUUUACCUUACUUUGCAACUGCCUAGACAUAAAACACUGAGUCCAAAAGCCGUCACUAACAACACACAGUCACCAGGCUCGUAGCCAGGUUUUUUUUACGGAGAGAUGCGAUCCAACGAUGAUACGGACCAAACAAGGCCGAAGGCUCCAGUUCUUUAGGUAAGGGGGAAUUAUAUUGGUUGUCCUGAGACUGCAUUUCGGGCGUUUCGAAGGGGGUAUGAUAAGAAAACAGACAGCUGAAAGCGAAACGUGGAUAUAUUUCAAAAAUUUUGAACUUCUAAGUUGCUUUUUAUGCUAAAGCGACUCUACUUAUGUACGUAUUCUUAAAUUUGAUUAUGGCCAUCGCAAUGACACAAUUUAAAAGGAAGGAAUAGAAGGAAAAUUGUGAAUCUGAUUAUUUACUAGUUUUGGCGCUGCCAUGAUCUUUCCGCGCAGUAAUAGUGUGCCAAGUUGGGGGCUUCUUAGCCAACGUAUCAACGACUUCUUCCACAUCAACGUCUGUUAGAUGGUACACGCGAGUCUUAUUUCCCUAGUUACAUGAAACUAGAGAAAUCUGACCGUGAUAGCACGCUGAAGGGCCACUCCCGCUCUGCGUCCUCUUCCCGCACCAAUACCCACCGCGGCCACAUACUGUGCGUUUCCAUUUUCCUCACCUCCGUCUUAAGGUGGCUCGAUACAGUUUUUCAAGGUCAAUACCUCUCAAGUUUGAGCAUAAACUACGUCGCAAUAAACAAAUUUUUGGAAAAAUUUCAACCAGAGUGGUAUUAGAUAAAGAUGAAAAUUUGUUAUGAUCAGUGUUGCAACGGCAUCGGAGUUGUCAUAGCAACGAAAUGACGCUAUUGCCUAUUAUACUUGCAGCAGUAUAUCUCGGCACUGGGAACUGUUCUUCGAAAAUCAUUUACGGGAGCUUUUUUCUCCAAUAGCAGCCUCGAUGUUCGUGAAGUUUAAGGAAAAUCGGUAAGAGCGUUAUCGAAAUAUUUUGGGAUAAUGUUUUUAUUGUAAGAAACACAGUAAAAAGAAGACAAUAUUGUUGUUUGGCCGUUAUUUGUAGAAAAUGAAGCGCUUUUGACAGGCAAUUUCACCUCAUAGUAGUUUCAAUCUUUUUAAAAGCGUGUGUGAAAGAUCAUGGGAGAUAGCUCCAGCCGAUUGCUAGAAAGAAGGGUUUGAUUAGUAUGUAUCGAAGCGCUCUUGUUAGCGGUUUUGUAAACAUUUUGGUCUUGUUUAACAAAUUAGCGAAUAAUUUUUAAACCGCUCGAUAGAUUUUUUAAAAAUUAAAGAUUCUUGAGAUUAACCUUCCUUUUAUAUGACCUUUUAGUCUCAAGAUUAUUGAUAUGUUGUAAGGCAGAAAAAUAAGGGCUACAAUUGGUUACUUUUUUAUCGGAAGUUUCGUCAUUACAAGUGAAAGCCUCUAAUUAUUCAAGGCAUUGUCUCCAAGUUUCAUUUUCACGUGAACAGCAGUAACUAACAAUGCAUUUGAAAUAUGCAAAAAUGCUAGCUUUUGUUGUGCACGAAAAUAUGAAACUUGGACACAAUACCUUGAAUAAUGAGAGGCUCACACUUGUAAACACAAAAUUUCUGCCAAAAUAUUAGCGAAUUGUAGCCCUUAUUUUACUGCCUUACAAUAUAUCAAUAAUCUUGAAACUAAAAGAGCAUAUAAAAGGAAGGUUAAUCUCAAGAAUCUUAAAUUUCUAAAAAAAUCUAUCGAGCGGUUUACAAAUUAUUCGCUAAUUUGUUAAAGUAGACCGAAAUGUUCAAAAAACCGCUAACUAGAACGCCUCGAUACAUACUAAUCAAAUCCUUCUUUCUAGCAAACGGCUGGAGCUAUCUCCUUGAUCUUUCACACACGUUUUUAAAAAGACUGAAACUAUUAUUAUGUCAAAAGCGCUUCGUUUUCUACAGAUAACAGCCGAACACCAAGAUUGCCCAUUUUUUACAGUAUUUCUAACCACAAAAUCUUUAUCCCAAAAUAUCUCGAUAACGCUCUUACAGAUUUCGCUUAAACUUCACGAGCAUCGAGUCUGCUAUUGGAGGAAAAAACUCCCGUGAAUGAUUUUCGAAGAACAGUUCCCAGUGCCGAGAUAUACUUUGCAAGUAAAAUAGGUAAUAGCGUCAGUUCGUUGCUAUGACAACUCUGAUGCCGUUGCAACCCUGAUCAUAACAAAUUUCAUCUUCAUCUAAUACAACUGUGGUGGCAAUUUUUCCAAAACUUUGUUUAUGGCGACGUAGUUUAUGCUCAAAUUUGGGAGGUAUUGGCCCUGAAAAACUGUAUCGAGCCACCUUAAAAUGUGUGCGACAUUGGUACAUAGCAUUUUACCGCGUUCUUCUUUAUUGUGCUCGUUCGAGUUUUGAUGAGAGUUAGUUUAAUUGAUAUACGUUUAUUAGCCAAAAAGCAUUUUUAAAUGUGGCAGAUUUUUCAGUAAUCUCUAACUUUAGGAUUUAUCUUCAAAAUUUUUGAAUAAAGAACGGCUGGGUUCUGAUAAUUGUCUGCAGCUGAAAAAUAUUUGUUAAUGGCACUUUCAGCUUCUUUUUGAGACGUAGACAAAAUCUUGCGGCGGCUUCGAUCUCUUCUUAUUCUCUUCGGCCCAUUUUCUCGCGAACUAUGUUAAAAACUGUUCAACUGUGGCAAAAUUGAAAACGAUUUUUCAAUAAUUGUAGGCACAGUAUCGCCAAAUCACUUGGUUUUUCAUCGUUGGUCAACAAAAAAGUGGACCUCCGAAGCCUGUAGGCUGGGGGUGCGUGCCCACCCGUCGCACCCCGCUUCCUUCGGGCCUGUCACUCACUUGUAUCGCAUGUACUAGUUAACCAUUGAAAACUUCAAAAGGAAUCUUUACCGAUAUUUUCAUGAGACAACGCAGCCCUGAGAAAGAUCAUUGUUUAGAAUGUUAGCCUCGUUAAAGUUGUCGUUUACCAUUGGACCUAUGGGUAUUAAUUAGAAUGUUAGCCUCGCUUAAGCUGAGGUUUUCUUUCAGUGCCAGUCGUGUACUAGAUUUGGCCGCAUCUGAAAACUGUCAAACCGUAACUCAUACCUCGUCUCGGCGUGUUGGUUGUGCCAUAAAUUUCAACAACUUAAUGCAAGCCCGCAAUCGGUUUAACGAAUCUCCAAGCAAGAGGAAUUUUUAUGUUAUUGAGUAGACUACACUGAGGCUACACCGAACAGAGUUUCGUACCGACACCUCUCCCGAUCUUUGAGUCUCCACUUUAGAGAUCGGCGUGGCUCAUCAGCUUUCCUCCGUUGCAGAAAUUUGCGCCGAAAUCACUGUUCCCAAGUGUGAACAGAAGCCCUAUCCGCUAUGGUUUUUGUGCUGGCACAAAAGGAUGUAGUUGAUGAACAUAGCUAAGUCAACUAUGCCGGCUGAGACUAGAGAUCUUCGGAAUAUUUGCGCGAACCCCACGGGAUGGCCGGAUACAUUUUGAUUCAAGCAAUUAGCUGCAGGUUGUACCAGCGACUUAACUCUCAGAAAUUAUAUGAUUCAGAGCAGUUUUGCACUGCUACGUCUUUGGAUGUAUGGAAGACGCUGUCGUUUCAUUUAAAUUUUCUUGAUCGAUAUAUAACAAGUAAAACCAGAGCCAGCUGUGAGUUUUAGCAAUUUUUAUCUAACUCCUUCUGAUUACUGCAGUGGAUUGGUCUGCCGUAAACUACGAGCAAUUUUCUUAUUUUCUUUACCGUUAGUCAGGGUGGCACGCGUAAAGGGUAACCAGUGAAUUUGUAAACUUAAUUCUUUUCAGGUUGUUGCCCUCGUUUCUCGCGUGAUACGCAAAAAUAAGGGAAUGCUAGGAUCCUAGAUUGUCUGUGUUUUUUAUGGGUGUGCGCCCGAACAGCUUGGGCGUGACUUUAUAGGCUCAAAAUCAGUCUGGACUUCAUACAUCACACUAAAAUCUCUUAAAAUCCUCAUGAUUCACCAACACACAUUUGCAUGAAACGGUCAGUCUGAAGGGACAAAAACUUAACACCUUGCUGGAUGGCAAACGACGCACUAGGGCAAGAAAAACAAAGAGAUUACAUUACAGCAAAACCCCGCCGUACGGCCAUCUAGCUGUGCGGUCACCCGUUAAUACGGCCAAUUUUUUUAUGACCCAUUGGUGACCGUAUAAUGAACGGGAUUCCACUGUAUUAUCCAAAUAGCUAUUAUCUUUUCUUUUCAAGGUUCCACUGGGUUGUAUGUCCUCUAGUCUGCUACACAACCGUUUUUAGUGUCGUCACGUAACGCUCCUCCCUUUGUGUGGAGGAGCGUUGCGUGACGACACUAAACACGGCUGUACAUGUGUAGCAGACUAUAUGCCCUCCAGCAAGGUUUUUUCUACCAUGUGACCGUUUCGUGCAAAGGGCCCACUAACGUGAUUGGUUGAAGAUUGCGAAAAUUCUCAUGCGUGCACGGGAUGAGUAAAACUUGGACAUAAGUAUUUGGCAAAUUUACAGUCUAGUCCGAGUUUGCUAAUAAGAAUGUUAGGUAACAACCCCUUAGCUGCUAAAGAUGCAACUUUUAAUCUUCAGUGAUGAGCAAAGCCGUAUCAAAGGUUAUAAUGGGCUUCGGCUUCUUAUUGAGAAAUAUGGUUAAAAAGUUCUAAUGUUUAUCCGUGAAGGGAUUGUUUUCCUGAGUAGUGAUUAAAGGGACUCUCUUGAAGAAUUUAGAAGAUGGUAAGUCAAGGAAGUACUCUUUGCGAGGAAAGCUUAUAAGACAGCGUUUGUUUGUCAGUCCACCAGUCCAACCGAACCUGGGGUCAAUUCCAUAAAACUUCUACAAGUGUAAUUUACAAGUGUAACUAUUGUUUUGAGACCCUAAAACAAUGGCUACACUUGUAAAUUACAGUUGUAAAAGUUUUACUAAAUUGACCCCUGAGCAUUUGUAAAACUUUUACAAGUGUAAUAUUCAAGUGUUUUUAGAGCCUGGAAACAAAAGCUACCCUUGCAAAUUACUUGUAAAAGUGUUAUUAAGUUGACCCCAGGCAUAGCCUGCGUGGCAGGGGCAAAAAUGGGAGAGGUGAGGAUAUUGAGAGAAGCGCGAAGGCUAAAACACACACUCAAACGAAGAAUGAGAUACCUGUGGCAAACCCGCGAGAGCCAUGGGCACUAGAAAGCGAUAACCUUAACCUCAACCUUAACCUGGGGACGAGGUCUGAUCGAAGGUAGCCUGAGAUCAUGCCCUCUCCCUAUUAUCCCUUUAUGUCUCUCACGGGAAGAGGGCAUGAUACAUUUCUUUGUCGGAUCACAUGUAAAAAAGCCAGAAUCUGGACUUUUCCCUGAUUGGAUAGGAAACAAUACGAAUGAUUUGCGCUGUUCCGAUUGGCCAAAAUGCCGCCAUCCGUUAGUUGUUGUUGAUUUCAGUCUGCAUUUUUGCUUGCGUAAUGAGCAGUGAAUACGCACGCGAGUUCGUUAUGAAAUUUCUGCCGGCUCAGUUUUCUUGAAUUUGAAGAAUGCCUAAAAAGAAAUUUCAUCCAUUGAAAUAUUUUCCAUCUCAUCGUUUACACCGAUCAUUUGAAUGCAAUUUGAUACCGGCUACAAGUUACUGAAGCGACAAACGGGUUCACUUUUCAAAUAAUGAAUUCAUGAAUGGAAUCUUGACCCGACUUGACUGUAAUUCUUCCUUCAGCAGAAACCUGCGAAUUAUUCUGAACGAUCUUCGCUUUGACAACACCUUGCAGUUCGUGAAAUAUGGUGCUUCAGCCUAAUUUUUUUUCACUGCUUUUGGUACAGAACGAAGUCAACGAGCUUUAACCAGUAAAUUCUUUAUUAUUUGUAGCUAUUAAUUAAAGGUACGGCAGCUCCAGCUAGCAGUAUUUCAUCACAAAAACAACACAUUAAAAUUUUUUUUUAGGAAGCGCCACCUGAACAUGGACGUACUUAAAAAUUUUCUUUUCCCUAAAAUUGAUUUCAAAACAGACAUUAUUCGCGCCAAAAUUUGAUUCCCGUAUGGUGAACGCUUAUUGGCUAAUAACAUGACAGGUCGAGUAGACGUUAGAUUAUGUAAAUUAGGAGGUGGUUGACGGCUUGUUAAAUAAAUGUAUCAGGCGUUAUUUUUUUCCUUCUCGAGCCAAACAAGCAAAAAAAAAUAAAAUAAAAUAACGCCUGAUCUCAGGUUAGAUCGAAGGUUGAUUGAAGGUGCAAUGGCUUCUUUUCGCUCAUUUGAUGAUAACUGGCAGACUAAGCGCCCAAAUAUCAGCGAGAGAACCAAAUUUAUGUUCAAUAACGAAUUAUUAAGUGAUGUGAAGUUUGUAGUUCCUGCGUCGCACAACCAAAGUGAAAGCCACAAGAGUCGGAAAUGCAUAAUACCAGCUCACAAGUUUGUACUUGCAAUCAGCAGUCCUGUUUUCUAUGCCAUGUUCUACGGUGAAAUGGCAGAGACUGCAGACACUAUUCAACUGCCUGACUGUGAGUAUAAGAGUCUAAGUCUAAGAGUAUAAGAGUACAGCGAUGAAGUGAACUUGAGCGGAAGUAAUGUCAUGCAAGUUCUCUACUUGGCAAAAAAAUAUCUGGUACCUUCACUCGCUGAUAAGUGCACUGAAUUUAUUCGGGAACAUCUAGAUGCGUCGAAUGUGUUUUCCGUUCUGCCUCAAGCUCUGAAAUUUGAGGGCGAAGCCUUGGAAAAACGGUGCUGGGAAAUUAUUGAGAUUCACACCGAGAAUGCUCUGACGUCGGAAGAAUUUGUCACGCUUGAGAGAUCUGCUGUUGAGUCUGUCGUGAAAAGAGAGAGAUUAAAUGUAAAAGAAGUGGAUUUAUUCAUAGCUGUUCAUCGCUGGGCCACCAAAGAAGUUGAAAGACAAGGGGUGACUCCUGAUGGCAAGGUUAAAAGAAGGCUUCUUGGAGAGGAAAUUGUAAAAGCAAUAAGGUUUCCAGUGAUGUCACAGAAGGAGGGGGGCGUAAGGGGGGUCCGAAAACCGCAAAACCGCACAGAAAUACGCCAAAAAACCGCAAACCGCAUCGGAUUUUUUCCCGAAUACCGAAACCGCGCGUACAUGUAGGCCACAAUAUGAAAGCUGACGUCAGCAAGACUUGUGAUAUUUAACAAUUAUUCCACGCGGGCGCGUUGGAUAUGAGAUGAUAGAUAGCCAACGAAGCGCGUAGCGCCGAGUUGGCUAUAAUCAUCUCAUAUCCAACAAGCGCGAGUGGAAUAAUUGUUUUAUUAAAAACGCCCUCAAAAUCUCGUUGAAUCUCCCCGACUAGAACAAACCGGAAAAGACAAGGGACUUCCGCUAUUCACAUGUCACACGUCUAUCAAAACUGUCAACGCGCGAACGGACUCGCCUGGACUCAUGAAUGAAAAAUUUUUUAAAAACUCAUCGGGAUUCUAGGAUUUUACACAGCAUAGCAGCUAAAAAAACCUGGCAGAUAAUGUGAAGAAAAAUAAUAAUUUUAAAGUGACAGCUGUCGAAAUUACUGUGAAUUUGGAUUUUCGGGGCAGUGAUAAAAGUAAGAACAACGGAGAAAAACUAUUACCUCGGUCGCUUGUUAUGAAGUUGUUUGAAGCCACAAGCUGGUUUUGCUGAACGAGAAAAGAAGCUAUACUGCCGCCUCGAUUGCUUUAGUGAAUGGCUGCAUAGCCUGUAUUUGUAGCUGGUUACUUGUGAUUUAUAUUCUUGAUGGCGGAUAAACAAGCCGCAGUUAUCUAUCGGCGAGUGACUCGAUCGGCGAAUGGCUUCGCGAUCAUGAAGAAACAACACUUGUCUUCUUUCGUAGCUGGUCAAGGUACUUUAGUUCCAUGUGUUUUCAUGUGUUUUUCGGCAAACUUUCAAAAAAGCUCUUGUGGCUUUUUUGUUUGUUUUUGUCUUUUUUCUUUCGAUGAAAUUGCAUUUCUUGUAUUCUAAGAAAUGAAUUAAAACAAUUUGCUUCGGGCGCCGUUCUAUCCUUCGCAAAAGAAAAUCUCAGCUAGCUUCCAAUUUUAAACUGUCGCGUACACCGACCAUGUAUGGAGAGCAUGGUAUAAUAGCUCAUAUACCAUAACGGCUAAGCCAAUCAAAAUGCCAGAAUUGUAUUAUCCAAUGAUUCAGUUUUUAAUAAAUUCUGAUAACAUUGUGCGUUAGUAUUAAACAUACCAUCAUAACGCUAACGAUAUAUUGUACUACACUAUUAUACUCUAUUUACUACUAACCAAAUGCCAAGUCAUGUACUUGAACGAGUAUUGAUAUCUCCCUUGACUUUGAAAAAACUCUGUCACUGAUCUGUACUUCUUACAUUGGGUGACUGAUUACUUUGGACGACCCUGUGCUAGUUGUGGAACGCGGAAUAAAUGUUUCUUCUGGAAUUGUGACCGUCUUAUCUCGUAAAAAGUUCACGUUCAGUGGAGAAGACGAUUGUUAAAACGUACAGCUCUUCUGAAAUUCUCCCCUUCCUUUCCUUCUUCAUACAAGAUUGCCACGCAAUUAAUUAUAACGUCCUCUUCGCUUUCAGUUGCGACCUCGACGACCUCAGUUGCCAUUGUCGCGCAUUGAAUCAAAGCAACGAGAACACGAGGCUGUACGGCUGUACGAGCUAACAUCCGGCAUGGAAUUUCACGAAGUCGACGCAUCAUUGGCCAAAACGGUUAAUCACAUUAAGUAUUAACUGGAAAAGGCCGUAAUUGCAAACCACAGAGUUAAAUUGUAAGCUGAUAUAAUGAACCAUGAUGCGUUGUAAAACAAAACACUUGGCUCGCGCCGGAUGCCGACCGUUCUAAAGAGUGUUAUCACCGCAGACACUUUUUUUUUUCACCGAAAACCACGACUUAAAGGUUGUAAUAACCGCAAACCGCUUAGUGGUUUGAAACCGCAAUACCGCGAGUUAAAAUAAAAAUUACCGCAAAACCGCACCAAAAAUAACGCAAAACCGUAUCACCGCAAACCCUUACGCCCCCCUCCAGAAGGAGUUUGCUUCAUUUGUUCUGGAUUGUGACAUUCUGACUAAAAAGGAGAUUGGUUUCAUGAUGAAACAUUUUGGUAAUGUUAGUUUAGGGUCUUCUUUACCGUUCAUAUCUUCCCCUAGAUUAGGGAUUCUGCAUCGAUCUAACAGAUUUGCAAUGUUGAAACCCCCAGAAGCACAUGGUGGUCCCUGGCAGUACUCUGAUAGUGUAGCUGAUGCCCUUCAACUAACUGUUAGUAAACCUGUCACUUUACAUGGUAUACAGCAUUUUGGUUGUAAAGGUGGCAAAUAUACGGUCUCAUUAGAAGUGAAAGAUGUGAGAAGUGGUUGUUCUCUGGUAAAACAAACAGGAACAUAUUCAUCCAAGAAAGAUGAGAAAAAUGGUUACUAUGAAUUCGAUGUCAUGUUUGAUCUUCCUGUUUCCCUUGAGAGGGGCAAAGCGUAUGAGAUUGUAUCUCUCAUCAAGGGUUCAUCAUCGUGGCGUGUGGCUCAAGGAAAAAUUCUUGACAAGGUUCAAGGAAUCCAAUUUUCAUUUAGCACUUCAGCUACCUCUAAAAAUGGAACAAGUGUAAAUGUUGGCCAGUUUCCUUCAUUUAUUUUCAGCAAAAUUUAGUUUAAUUCUAAGAUGACGAUGUUGUUUGAUGUCUGAAGUGGUACUCUUCAAAAUUAAUGUUUCAUUUAGGGAUAAGGGAAAACCUAAUCAAACAAUUCAGAGUCUUUUUUAAGAAAACUGUUUUCUUUACCAAUGCCUAGUUCUUUUUAAUUCUCAGGCUACAGUAAAAACCCAUGAGUAAGAACCUGGAAAUUAAGAACCUGUUAGCCUAAAAUCUGUCAUUUAUACCCCCUACAAAUAAGAACCUGUUUAGCCUAGAAAAUGAAAAACAGGUUCUUAUUUUUUAAAAUCAUAUUGGUGAAAUGCAGCUGUAAAGCUCUGCAAGAAUCCCAUUGUAUAUGUUAAUGUUCUUGAGAGUGGUGGUACUGGUGAUGGAGGGAGGGUGGGGAUGAUUGAAAAAUAAGCUUAUUACCAUCUUCUUUUGUAGCUUGUUUUUUUUAAUUUUUUUUUACAGAAAUAAGAACCUAUUUCAGAACCUAAAAAUAAGAACUUGUGUAGGCUAACUCCACAAAAAAUAGGUUCUUACUUGUGGGUUUUUACUGUACCACCUUUUGUUAGGGGGUUUCCUGGUAGACCAGGAUUGAGGAUCUCUAGCUUUUUUACCCUUUUUUUUAUCUAUUGCUUGAGCAGGGAAAGGAUAGUGGUUGUAUUAACAGGACAUAAGGAAAAAAAGAAUAGUUAAAAAAACACACACUCACACAACAUGUACUAACUCAUGAUCAGAAGAUGACCAGGCCAAGACUGAAGCUUGUCAGUGAAACAGUUUCUGGCAGAAAACACCAUUUGUUUCUAGUAGGGCCAUGAUCUGAGUUCAAAGAUAUAUUUCUUGUCAGAAUAAGUGAGGUUUUACAAUGAUUAAUAAGCUGAACUUAAACACUUUUCAUGACAUCUGAAGAUAUCAGGCCGGCACUGCUGACGAAAACUCAUCUGCAAAGUGGGAAAAACAUAUACAUGUCUUCUUUCCCCGAUUCUUGCUCUGAGGCAAGUUUGUUUUGUAAGUGAAAUCUGCUACAGGUCAUGUGAAAUCUGCGAAGCCUUCAACGAUCAAGAUGGAUUCAUUGUUUUCUUAAAACCAUGUUUUAGUGACUAGGACUGUCAGCAAAUCAACUGAACAUAUGCUACAAAUUAGACAACUUCUCACAUGAUAAAUUUUCAAGAGGGGAUAGGAAGAGAGAGGUUUUACAAGAUAGAGCAGGAACUCAUAAUGGGGUACUGUAUACAGUCCCUUAAUGUUUAUUUGCAUUUAUUUAAAGCUGUUUUUUCUGAAAGGACUGCACUUACUACUAGUUAGCUUUGAUCCUCAAUUUCCGAUUGGUUCCAAUGAUCAGAUUAUGCCCCCCCUUCAAAUGAACCAGGGCAAGCCGCUAGUGAGAUGCAAGAAAUUUAUUGCUUAAUCAACAUCUCCCCCCUCCCUUGAUCUCUGAUCUCUGAUCCUUGAUGCUGGUUUUCCAGGAAACCUUGUUGGUGUUAUAUUAUUAGGUUGUGUUUUAGCAACAAGCAAAAGGAAAAUAGAGGCUUAUUAGAUCCUGAGUAUAAUAAAUUUAUUACAAUAGUAAAAUGACAGACUACGGAGUCCUUUCACAUGAAAAUAGAGACAUUUUAUGGCACCUCUCUUUUAUUGAAUUGCUUUUUGUAAAGAUACCGUAAUCAGUUUUGUAUCCGGUAAACUUAGAGGCGAUUUCAGUUGAAAUUUAUUGAAUAAUUGAAAGAAUGUAAUAAAAUGCAAUCAAUCAAUCAAUCAAUCAACAACUUUAUUUAAGUGUCUAGUCUUCUAGCUUGGCGUCAGGCCUACUAAUCGGGGACACUACUUAAAUAACUUAAUAUAUAGAUUUAGCCAGGGCUAAAAGCGAAGCUCCCAUUAAUAAAUUUAUAUUUUAAAUCAAACAAUAAACUUGUAAUCCACAAAUCAGUUAACUUAAGGGCACAUUCAUGUGACUUUUGAGGGAANUACGUACAGCGACCGAUGGAAAUAUGUCAGUGGUAGCUCUAAAUCUGGAGAAAGGUUUCUUUGCCGUGGCCACAUGCUAGCGUUAAUAUUUGUCGAUUUGUGAAGUCAGGUGGUUUAAAGUUGGUUACGGCAUCGAUAUUACCGAAUAAUUUGUGCAAAUGUUGGAAAAAGACCAGCGCGAAACUCUGGCAUCUUUCAUCAUCGUUUACAGCUUGUUAACAAUCUGCAGCGGCCGAUUUUGUACCAUAACUUGAUCAGAUAUCUCUUUUUGGAACAAUUUCUUUCAUUUAGGAAUUUAAUUUUGACAUAAGAUAAAUCAAGAAUGCUUAAACUAUCCGUUUUGUUGGUGGUUGGCACAUGGAUAAGUACGUUUUCCUAGAGACUUUCUACACCAGAAAUUCACACAUUUUUUGUCUUUCUCAGCGAUUUGGCAUCGUCGUGAAAUGUAACCUGCUUUCCAGCUUUGUACUUUAUAACUUUUAAAGCUAUGACAGUAGCGAAUUGCUUGUGACGCUCUGUAAUAAAAUGUGGAAACCAACGUUUUUUAAUAUUAAGAGGGCUGGGUAAGUAACUUGUUCUGUUUUUUAGCCUUUCUAAAAUCGUUGUUUGCAGAUCAAUAGCCCGUUUUGUUUAUGGAUUGUGUUAAGGAUGCCUUUUUCUAUGGGUUUACCGGUAUAAUAAACCAUAGAUUUUUGACCAAUCAGAUCGCGCGUACUAUCUCAGCUAUUUUAUAAAAAAUAAUAACGAAUUUAUUAUCAUUAUUUUGUGUUAUUUAAUGGUUCCAGUUAUAACGAUGUGUAAUCUUAUAAAGCGUUUGAUACGCGCGACAUUUCUAGGUACUCCUGCAAGCGAUGUUCAUGAACGAUGAAAACAAACACCACGGACAAGCGAUUAAAAUUGCAGGAGAGACUACUAACAAUCAAUAAAAGAAAUAUAAUUCGGUAAAACAUUUACAGAGACAACAAUUUUCAAUCACGAAGACAAGUAUUAAAGAGUCUUUAAAAAUCCUGAUUGUUUAAGCUUAAAGCUUAAGCUUAAGUUUAUUUUGUUUUACUUUCAGCCGGCCUCCCGGUGUUUGUUUUUUUUUUUCAAAGAUGAACUCCUCGAAGCAAGAACUCACCGGUCAAAUUUAGACCAAUCAGAGUACAAAAAUUGAACGUUGAGCGUGACCAACGCGUGACCAUGGUAAGAAAGGUCUUCCCCGCCUUUAUUUUUAAAAAAGUGGCUGAAUUUUCGGGUCCGAGGUCAGUUUGAAAUCAAAAUCUUGACAGUGCGGAGCCAUAGUGACAUAAACACAACAUAUUUCAUAUGAAUCAUUGGAAAAAUAGACUUGAGCCUGCGAUCAUUUGAAACUGGUAAUUUGUCAGCGGAUAACUUCAAAAAAGUACUCGACCUCGAUGGGUCGACACUUGAGCCCACGCUACGGUCAGGUGAUACUGGUCAGCGGAUAUCCUGUUUUGACAGCUGUCAAUUGAUCAUAACGUUGAUGUGCAAUUAGUUUUCUAUUGGGCUCCCAAACUAGCUAGAAAGUGCGAGAGUAAACAUUAGUUGCCCUGUGGUGCGGACGGACGGUCGGGCGUACGGUCACGUGAUUACCAAAUUUUCUCGGAUGGGUAGAUUACCACAUUUUCUUAGCUAUGGGGCUCCGUCCACGCGCGCGCUUCGCGCGCGGGUGGAGCUCCGCUAUUAAUAAGAAAUAUAUAUACAUAAUACUAUAAGCCAAUAAGAUUUAACUAUUCUAAAAACUACUUAAAAGAUACACGAUAUUCAAUAUGCUUCGAAAAUACACCUAUUUAACCCACCUAUUAAACCCACACCUAUUAAACCCGAUUUGAACCAUUACAUUUGCAACUGUUGAAAGUACUUGUAGUAAACAAGUUAAACAUUGAAAGAGACCAUAAACCCUAUAGAAAGAGAUUUAUCACUGCCUUGCUGACAUAAUCUAAUUAAGUGUAAAAGUUGUUAUGCACAGUUCACCAGUAUAUCAUGUGUUGAGGGAGUUUUAAGUUCGUAUUUGAUCCAUGUGGACCCAUUCAUAUCAUCUAUCCUGGCCCCAUUUGGCUUUCCAUUUAAUCUAUUAAGAUAGCAAAGUCUGCGAGGAUAAAUCUUUCCACUGGUACUUCAUUCAGCAAAUUUUGACCAAUCAUGACAUAGUUACAGGCAAAAAAAACAAGCAAAAGUUGGGGGGAAAAUCCCCUGCCAAUUUUGCUAUUUACCUACUGCACUCUUUGCACGUUUAAUUUGUACCUUUCUUGAAAAGAAAGCCAGCCAAACCAUGCGAAAGUAAGGCAAUAAAGUGGGCACAAAACUGGCUAUGAAAGAAAUGCAAAUGGCAGAAGAAGAAAGUGACAAAAAAGAUCGAAAUAGAUUCGCAAAAAAAAAAAUUAACCAAGUCCAAAUUUUGGCUCAUGUGCAUGCGCAAAAAAGGAAAAAGCUGUUAAUAAUUACAUUACAUCCAGUUAGCAGAAAAAUAUGCCCUUAGCGUUGGAAAUCUCUUUUUUAGUCAUUUUCAUGCUAGCUGGCGGAAAAACGGUUCAAAAUUAAGGAAGAUUUGGUCAAAAAUGCGGUUUUCCCUAUUAACUGGCUCACGGCAAACAAAGAAUGGGUUACCUGUAACAAACUCACAAGGACCUUGGGAACUAGAUACUGGAGAGGGAAUAGAAGGUUGACGUGAUGUAAGUGCAAGCUACUUUGGAAAGGUGCAAUUAGUGAAAGAUGUUUCUGGACCUCAGCUUCCUGCUUCCUGUUGUUUGAUUAUCGUAAACGGCCUCCUCCCACUACUAUAUAUUAAAAUCUUCCCGAUCUGGGCAGUCGCUCUGAUGGGAGGUAUGUUUUUGAUAUCAACAAAAGAACCCUUUGGGGACUAAGAAUAGCCCCUCCUUCUGCGAUAAUUAUACAGGCGCACUGGCAGCUGUAGGUUGUGCGUUUGCACUAGCGGAUGGAAUCAUGGGUACAUGAUCAUUUGAUUAUUGAGAUCCCUCAAGAGAGAUGCGCUACAUGUAACCGAGUGUUAGCUCUCCUGAGUGUAGAGCAGUGUGCAUGGCUACUGGAGGUUGUGGAGGUCGAUGUAUAGACAACAACUGGAAAAUGGUAACAAAUGACGGAAAAUGUUGCUAUCAUAUUUGAGCAAGACUAAUGAUAAGGAGGUGUGGGAGAACAAGGGGGUAGGAGCCCAGCAGAAAGGGGUCAGAAAAGAGCAGCAAGUGGGAGUUUUAAGAGGGAGGGAACUAGGGAAACGGGAGAAACGGAGGGAAACUGAAUUAAUUAAUAUGCAAAUAUAAAAGGGUGGAGGCCAGAAGUUCAAGGUACAGGAGGAAGAACUUUUGAAACUCCUGUCUCCCCACUUCCUCAAAAGGAGGACCUGAAUGGGUUUUUGACCGUUUACUUUGUUUGUCGAUCAGUUUUUUUAAAUAUGUAAUGCUUAGAACAGCUAAGGAAUUAAAUAAGAAAAUAUUUUCCAUUUGUUACAGAAACGUUCAGUACUGUUUUUUUUCUGGUUUAGCAGCCAAAUGUACGUUUUAGGGAUAAAGUGCAUUAAACUUUGAUUGUUACAGGACACAGAAUCUGAAGGGGUCAAUUUCUUCAGCAAAGAACAAGGAACGAGAGUCGAACCAAUCCCGUUAGCUUAGCUGGGACUUUCAUGUCGAUACGAUCUGUAAAAAGGUUAGCGCGGGUAUAGGAGCCAUACCGCACAUCAAAAAUUUUCUUUCCUUAGCUACUCUGGAAACAGUUAAUAAAGGCCUAGUUCAGCCAUACUUUGAUUACUGUUCUCCUUUGCGGGACACCUGCGGCAAAUUAUUGAAAGAUAAGCUGCAACGAUUUCAGUCACGUGCUGCCAGAGUUCUCACAGGUGCCAGUUAUGUUAUUUGCUCCACAGACUUAAUUGACUCUCUUUCUUGGCAAACACUUGAUGAUCGACGGCGCUGUGCAAAGUCAUUUUUAAUGUAUAAAAUAUUAAAUGACCAUACCGUCCCCGGCCUAAGAAACUCUUUUGUGAGAAGGAAUGUCGAUCAGACUGAUAAACAUCUACGUAACACGGCUACUGAUCGAACACUUCCUAAACCGAAAAGAGAGUUUCUAAAAGAAGUUUUAAAUUUAGCGGUGCUAUGCUUUGAAACCCGCUCCCGAAUGAAGCAAAGCUCGCUGAGUCAAUCUCUUCAUAUAGCUGGGUCUUGACAUGGUUAACUCAGUUUUUGUAUGUCUUAUAUGAAAUUAGCAAUAGUAGUAGUAGUAGUAGUAGUUGUAAUAGUAGCAUAAGAAAUUUUAGUAUUAGUUUAGGAAUUUAUUUAAGGUAUUGUGUUAACACGCCCUCCAUGGAAACCAGCCAAAUGUUGUUGGGGCUAGCUUGUUUCUCUUGUAAUAUGAAUUUUUAAGAAAAGUAUUACCUUAUCUUACCUUUUUACCUACCUACCUCGGUCUUUCUUUGCUCUGAAACCAAACGGAAACUCUUGAUACGUGGGCUAAGUAAUAGUUAACUGCCGGAAUUAUAACCGGUUUUUAUCUAGGAGUUAUAUAGUUAACCACCACCAGAGGACAGAGAACCCGUUUUCCAGUCCUUGAAAUUAGGAGGGGUUGUGAAGCUUCAAAAGCUACCUGAAAGUUGCCGAGCACAAGCUAUAUACAUGCCUACCUCAAUAUGGAAGGCAACUUGGUCAUCCGUUACUUCUACCGAAAAUUAUAGUCUUAAUAAAAAUGUUAUUUUAAACAGGAGUUUCUGAUUUGUCUGGGCUGGUCCUUGAUAUUCUUUAUUCGAAUUUUGUUCAAACUCAACAAAGAAUGGGUCACCUGUGCCUAACCCGCGAAUACCCUGGGUACUAGCCUUGAGAAACCAAGUGUACAUGAGAGGGAAACGACAAGGUUGAAUUGACGAUAGUGCAAGCUACCUUGUAAUCAGAAACGACUGGUGAAAUACUGCAAUGGCUACUCUCGAUGAUAACUGGCAGACAAAACACCCAACCAUCAGCGAGAGAACUAAAUUUAUUUUCAAUAACGAAUUAUUAAGUGAUGUGAAGUUUGUAGUUCCUGCGUUGCACAACGAAAGUGAAAGCCGGAAGUACAUUCCAGCUCACAAGUUUAUACUUGCAAUCAGCAGUCCUGUUUUCUAUGCCAUGUUCUACGGUGAAAUGGCAGAGACUGCAGGCGCUGUUCAACUGCCUGACUGUGAUUAUGAGAGUCUUUUGGAGUUGUUUCGUUUUCUGUACAGCAAUGAAGUGAACUUGAGCGGAAGUAAUGUCAUGCAAGUUCUCUACUUGGCAAAGAAAUACCUUGUACCUUCACUCGCCGAUAAGUGCACUGAAUAUCUUCAGAAACAUCUAGAGGCGUCGAAUGUGUUCUCCGUUCUGCCGCAAGCCCAGAAAUUUGAGGAUAAAGAUUUGGAAGAACGGUGCUGGGAAGUUAUAGAGACGCACACCGAGAAUGCUCUGACGUCGGAAGAAUUUGUCACGCUUGAGAGAUCUGUUGUUGAGUCUGUCGUGAAAAGGGAGAGAUUGAAUGUAAAGGAAGUGGAUUUAUUCAAGGCAGUUGAUCGCUGGGCAACCAAAGAAGUUGAAAAGCAACGGCUUACCCCUGGAGGGAAGGUUAAAAGAAGGAUUCUUGGAGAGGAAAUUGUGAAAGCGAUAAGGUUCCCAGUGAUGUCGCAGAAGGAAUUUGCUUCGAUUGUUGUGGAUUGUGACAUUCUGACUAAAAAGGAGAUUGGUUUCAUGAUGAAACACUACGGUGGUGUCGGUUUAGAGUCGUCUUUACCAUUCAUGCUUUCCCCCAGACAGUAUGGAACUGGGCCUUUGCAUCGAGUUUAUAGAUCUGCAAUGCACAGCGCAACCUGCUGGCCGUGCAAGGGUUUCCUGAAAGAUGCCCUCGGCGUUAGUGUCAGUAAACCUGUCAAGUUACAAGGAGUACAGCAUUUUGGUAGUAGAGGUGGCGAAUACACAGUUUCCUUAGAAGUACAGGAUACAAUAAAUAGUUUUUCUCUGGUAAAACAAACAGGCACGUAUUUCUCCGAGAGAGAUGAGACACACUUUUACAAUGGAUUUGAUGUCAUGUUUGAUCACCCAGUUUGUCUUGAGAUGGGUAAAGCGUUAUCUUUGUUUUUGAUUAAUGGGAAAGAAUCUGUCGAGGCUCUUGGAAUCCAGUUUUCAUUUAGCAAUUCAGCUGCUUCUAGUAAUGGAACUAGAGUAAAAAGUGGCCAGUUUCCUGCGCUUAUUUUCAGCACAAUGUAG